AUGGCGAAGGCAACGAGUAAUGAGCACCGAACAGCUACUACAACAACAGCAACCUCGCAGGACACACAGCUGGCGACGCGACGCACGGAAACUGCAACGACCCGGAAGCAAUCGCAGGUGGAGCGCGAGCAGAGUCUCUCGACGACCACUCGCCUCCACACCGAGCUCAGGAUUCGCGGCAUCAUCGUGGGCGUCAACCUGGUCGUCGUUCUGCUGUCGCAGCUCGCGCUGUGGUGCGCCACGUACUCGUUCGUGGUGCGGCCCUCCUUGGAGUCAGACAACCUGCUCAACAGCCUGAUGCACAAGUCCUUCCUCUUCAACUUCUUCAUGCACCUCGACGUCUUCGUACUGGUCAUCAGCGUGUCGCUAUCUGUAGUCGCCGCCUGCGGCCUGGUCGGCGCGCUUCGCGAGAACGUCGCCGUGCUCGAGGCCUACCAGAGCCUGCUGGCCAUCAUAAUCCUGGUCAACAGCGUCACAGCCAUCGCGGGCGCGCUGGGACCGCAGUCGGCGCGCAACAACCUCAAGGAGAGCGCGUGGGUCGAGUUCGUCCAGGGCUACCGGCAGACCGAGUACUUCCAGCACCUGAUCGACGGGCUCCAGAAGUCCCUGCACUGCUGCGGCUUCUCUCGAGACGCGUUCCGCGACUGGGACCGCAACGAGUACUUCCACUGCGACUCGGGCAACCCGAGCCGCGAGCGUUGCUCGGUUCCCUUCUCUUGCUGCCGGCCUCGCAUGCUGGGCGGGAACGAGUCGUCGUCAAAUCUGCCGGUGCUGGCCGCGCGCUUCUGCGGCCACGGCGUGCUUCUGAUGGACGACCAGGAGGCCUGGCAACGCGUCUACACGCGCAGCUGCGCCGACGCCAUGCUGACGUACGUCAUGGACAACCUCGUGACGUUCGUCGGCGUCGGCAUGACGCUCAACAUGUUCCUGCUGUUCAUGCUCAUCACGUCCGUGGUGCUGCAGGACCAGAUCCACACGAUCUCGUCUAUCAACGAGGCGUACUACAAGACGCUGCACGAAGGUCAGGAGGCCAUGCAGGAAGCCGGCCUCAUCAAGCUCCCCGAAAAGCCUCGGGACAAGCCGACUGACAAGACCCCCGACAAGCCAAACGACAAGGUGGCCGAAUAGCAAAGAAGGA